GUUUUGUCAUGUCAAAACCCACUUCAUCUUUUCUUCAAAAAAUAUCACUUGCUUACAAAAUAAAUCGCUUUCCUUGGAAGAAACAUGCUUUAAUAGGUUAUGAUUUGGAUGGAAAUGAGUAUUGGGAUUGUCCUAAUCCUUUAGGGGGUCGCAUGAAGCGUUGGGUCCAAAUGGGAGGUAUUCAAAAUGCAGAUCAUACUGUCUUUCAUCAAAACAAAUUGCCUGUACAAUGGCAAGCAUGGUUAAGACACACUCGUAACACAGUACCUACAAUCGAGGAACUUGUCAUGGAUGAAAAAAGAAAAGCUAUGAUCCAAGGAAGAGCCAAAGCAUUAGAUAAAGAAUGGGAAGAGAAAAAAUUGUUAUUAGCACAAGCAAAAGAACAAGAACGAUUGGAAUUGGAACGUCAAGCAAUUGCUCUAGAAACUGGAAAACGACAGAAAGAACAGCAACAGGCCAAAUCAACACAACCCAGUGGCCAAGGAGAUACAUUUUCUCCUGGUGAAUGGAAUCCUACUAUUUCAAGACGAUAAAAUUAAAAAAUAUAUAAUUCCCCCUCCCCCUCCCCUUGACUUUU